UUUCCAGUCAAAUUUGUAGCAUCCGAGUGAGGUGAUGAAGAACUUUCCGUGCAGAAGAAAUUAACAAGUUGAUAUAAUGCUGGAGAUCCAUCUGGUGACCAUUCUAUUCUGCAUGGGCAUGGUCAACUCCGCCAACAUCCUGAUGUUGACUCUCGGCGGUACCAAGAGUCACAAGGUACCGUUCCUCGCCCUCGGCCAGGGUCUGGUCUCCAGAGGUCAUCAGGUCACUCUGGUCAGCGCCUUCCCCAAGGACGGUGACUCUCCGGUCGAGGAGGUCUCUCCACUGGGGCUCGUGUUGUACGUGAGAAACUUCACCAACUGGGAUCUCCUGGGGCCCAAGCUGCGUGGUGAAGAGGCUGUAUCUAUCAUAGACGUGAUAAGGUACAGUUAUCAGGUAUGCGACGCUUUCUACUCAACUCCAGAGGCCAGGCUUCUUCUGUCGCGCAAGACAGACCUGCUGGUGCUGGAUGGUGCCUACCCAGAGUGUUUGCUGGGUUUAGCACACCACUUCGGCGUUCCUUUUAUCUACCUCAACACCGUGGCCUUCUACACCACACAUCUGUCUCUCGCGGGAAACCCCACCAUGUUCUCGGUCACCCCUUAUAUGGACUACCCGCACUCUGACCGCAUGGACUUUUGGGAACGGUCCAAGAACGGUCUCUUCCACCUCUUGAGCCGGGGAAUGCUUGUAUUCGCCACCAAGUUCUUCGUGGAGCCGGUGAUCAGGCAACACCUCGGAGGUGGCGCUCCUCCUGUACACUCCAUAGGCAGAAAUGUUAGCCUCAUCCUGCAACAUGGACACCAUUCUGUAACCUACCCCCGCCCGCUCUUGCCAGGGGUAGUGGAAGUUGCUUGUUUACACUGUAGACCAGCCAGGCCUCUCACAGAGGAUUUAGAGAAGUUCGUAACUAGUGGAAAAAAGAAAGGAUUUGUAUACGUCAGUUUUGGCACUUCAAUUAAAACUACUCAGAUGCCAGAGAUAAUGCGAGUGUUGAUGGUGAAAGCCUUCAGUGAGCUACCGUACCAGGUGUUGUGGAAGUACGAAGACGAAGGCGACUCUAUGCCGGACUUGCCGGACAACGUGCGCCUAAGUCGGUGGCUGCCUCAGCAAGACUUGCUUGGCCACUCCAAGAUCCGAGCGUUCGUCAGUCACGGGGGCCUACACGGUGUCAUGGAGUCUAUCUACCACGCCGUGCCCAUGGUGAACCUUCCCGUAUUCUGUGACCAUGCUGCCAACAGUUUCAAGGCGGAAAGGGAAGGCAUCUCAGUUAGUCUGAACUUCAGAGACCUCAACGUAGAAAGUUUCCUAGCAGCUAUAAACAGAGUUAUUAACGAUAUCAGUUAUAAGAAGAACGUACAAUACCGCUCCUUGUUGUUGAGGGACCAGCCAGAACCACCUCUUGACAGAGCACUCUACUGGGUACAAUAUGUACUACGUCAUCACGGCGCUACUCAGCAUCUGCAGAGUCCUGCAAAGGAUCUUUCGCUCACUCAAUACUUUAUGCUGGAUACUAUUAUGAUGGUAGCAGGUGCUGUUUAUAUCUCUUGGGUUAUUUGCUAGUGAUAUGCUGGCGUAAAACCUUCACGAGGAAGAAUAUUUCUAAAUUAAAAACUAAUUAAUAAAAUGAAUAUUUA